AUGGCUUUGAACUUGGAAAGGCAGCUUCUCUUUGUAAACAUUGCCAUCCAUAUCACCUGUGUGCCAAUCCUCUUAUUUACGGGCAUUGCGCUGGCAUCCAACUCCCCCGCUCUCUUUAAUGUCCCCGAUGUCCUACGCUUCGAAAAUCUCCCGGCUAAUGUCGGAACGAUUGGCGCGUUGAUCUAUGCCACAUUUUAUAUCCUCUUGGAACCCGUCGCCGGUGCCCUUGUCGCGCCGUUCCUGCUCGGAGGCGCCGCAUUCGCCAACCAUCUCCUCAUCACAUACGGGCCCAGCAUGAACUACUGGUUUGGGGGUAUCCAUAUCGCGUCGUGGUUGGUGCAGUUCGUCGGCCAUGGAGUCUUCGAAGGACGGGCACCCGCGCUGCUGGACAAUUUGGUUCAGGCCCUCCUCCUGGCUCCUCUGUUCGUCUGGAUGGAGAUUCUGUUUUUCUUCGGAUACCGCCCGGAACUGAAGGCCCGAUACGACGAGAGCGUCAACAAGCAAAUCGCGACGUUCCGGGAGCAGAAGAAAAACAAGGAUGCCGCGAAGCAGUAG